GCCCGCAGUCAGCUGCUUUGUGCGGUGUGUUGUGGGAGCGACGCGCACCAAAAUAUAGUCUCCCAUGUGGAUCCGCGCUCCUCGCUCGUUGUCUGCAACACGAGUUGCUGUCGUCGCCAGCCCCAUGAUGGUAACGUGUGCCACCGCCUUGUGCUUGUGUGCACUGUCUGCUGUUGGCGAGUACCAAAAUUGGCUUAUAAAGGUGGGAGAAAUGGGUCUGGGGGCAGUUGCAGGACAUGAACGACGUGUGCCCCUGGAGGCUAGGUGGGGGGGCAUGGUGACUGCCCGUACGUGGUGGCAGCAGGGGCAUGGUGGCGGUGAGCGGGGAGCUGCAAUGGUGUCGGUGGCAGGGGCGCGGCGAGUGCGGAGCUCCCACAGGUGGCCACAGCAGUGUUGGUGGGGGGGGGGGUGGCAAGUAGUGACCGCCCGCAGGCACCGCCAGCAGUGUCGGUGGCGCUUCUCUCAGGAGGUGCACUGCCAAUCUCGGGGUGGGCAUGCACCCAUGUGCACCCGCUACACAUCUCCAAUGGCUGAACCUACGUAAAGCUCAAAUGACCAAAUGACAAUACCAGUACAUCUUGCACAAGAAUGAAAGAUAGUGACUGGGGCCGUGCAAAAUGAAGCAAUCACAGUUGACCCCAUCUCCCGUGCUGGUUUCAGAUACACCCGACGUUUAACUGUGUCAACUGCCCUUCCUUAGGUGACUGUCUCUUUCCUUAUUGAUAUGUCCUUCCCUGAUCCGUUCAUAUUUCCCGAGGCAGACAAUGUCUGUUUGGGGUUUUUGAUCUAUCUCCAGUCAAGGAUAUUUUGGGUUCUGUCCCACUUUUAAAACAACACCCCAAACCGUGCCUCGUAACCAAUGUCCCAAGGUGUCCUAUUCGGUCAAUCAAGCCCCUUCUCAGUUAAUUAACUUGCAACCUCCGGGCCAAUCAAGAGCUUGCAAAAGUAAGUUUCUCAACCGGACAAACCAAACAGGAUCCAAGCGGCUAACAAUUGUGACAUGUAAUCAGAAGAUGAUGACCCUUCCCCAUCUCUUUGUUUGGACUUUAAUCGUCAAGCUACCAGGAAAGCAUGCUUUGAAGGCACACAGCUGGGAGUGCAAGAAAGAAACGGAGCUAGUGGCAAAGCGCGCUCCAAGAGAGAGGGUGAAAUCACUCACUGCAGCAUCGCAACCUUAGGCCCAGAUGAUUGUCCUGGCUGACAGAUCCACGCCUGGCGAAGGCUGUAAAGACUGAGACCGGCUCCUGCCUGUAUUGUUGGACUUGGUAGUUGGUGCAUGGGCUCGCAACCAGGCCUCUUGUCCCUGAUCCACAGAUGGAAGCAGCAGGUUCAAUUCUCUCUUCUGCGCUGGGGGUCAAUGAGGAAAAAAGGCAUCCUCCCUCCUCAUCCGACUAGGAAAUUUGCACUCUCUGCUGCUGCUGUAGUUUCACGGGGUAGGUGGGCUGAGGAAAUGGGCAGGGUUGACUCCAGGGUGAAGAAAGGAAGAUAAUCCCCCAUCCCCAAAAGUCCUUAUCCAUACAGAAAAGAGCUGGGGAGAGGCAGCGAGGGAGGGCAGGGGCAGCAGAGUCUAAAGAGUUAAAAGCCCCAGCACCCACAGCCUGUGGAGAAUGGGAGGAAGGCUGAUUCCUGCUCUUCAGCGUGCUGGAGAAGUCAGUUCCUUCAGUGUGACCCAAAAUGUGCUGAUUUCAUAGACAACUCCCACACCCUGAAAGCAAAAGCAGAAAGAUCUUCAAGUUUUGAUUUCCUUCCGGUGGGGCUUCAAGACCUGUUGAACAGCAAAGGAAACCACAGACCAGAAGUGGGAGAGAGCUGGCCCAGUCCUGGCAGAUGCUGUGUCAUGACCAUGGGUGCAGCUCUUCCUGCCUCACCGAGCAAUUGCCUCCCUAAUGCUUUUAGGGAGUCAGAGCUCGCAGGCACUCUCCCUUGGCGUGGGGCGGCUAUGGCUGGGGACAUCGUCUAUGCCGAUAUCCACGUCCCUGCGGAGUCGCUCACUGCUCACCAGGCCCCUGCCACUGCGUCCCAUGAUCUCCAUCCACCUCCAAGCCAAUGUAGGCUCCUUCUGAAACUGUCUUUGGCUGGCAACUUUCUCCUGGCACUGGUGGUGACGGUGCUGAGCAUGAAAGUUUUGCAGGGUCCCUCUCAGGAGGCAGCAGGUGAUACCACCCCCUCAACAGUCUCUGGGAGCGGCAGCAUCGCUUGGGGACUCAGUGGACACGGGUGCAGUCCUGGCCUGGAGGAUUUGGUGUCUCGCCUGCAGAGGAGCCUGUGUGGCCCCAACCAGCUCCGCUCAUCAGGGGGCACCAGCUGCAGACUCUGCCCCAUGAACUGGCUGCAGCACAAUGGAAAGUGCUACUGGUUUUCUCAAGAGGCCCAGUCCUGGCACGAGAGCCAUAAGGACUGUGCAGCGAAGAACUCGGAAAUGCUGGUGGCCCCACACCUGGAUGAGAUGGAGCUCGUGCACAAUGUCACACAGGGGCAGUAUCCUGUCUGGAUUGGAGUCCGUGUCGUAUCCCCCAUGGAAGAGUGGGUUUGGGUGAAUGGCUCCACAUUGGACCAAGAUCUGUUCCCGCUGCCAGGACCUGCUGAUGGUAACAGCUGUGGGAUGUUAAAGGGGGAUCAGACUAAAUCUGAAGUUUGCACUGCUGAGUUCAAAUGGGUUUGCUGGAAGGAAAGCAUCCCGCUGUGAGCCGGGGCACGGCGGCUCCUCCUUCCCACAACAGAAGAAGAGCUGCCCGGAGCAUCAGCCCCCGAGCCGAACAAGGCUAGGGCAAGAUUAAAAAAACAAAAAACAAAAAGGGGAUCAGAGCUUUCUCUGGAUCACAAGAAGGCCCAGAGCUGUAAUCAAUUCUGAUAUCAUUUCUGGCAAGGUCCCAAAUCUCGUUGCUUUGUAGGUGCCUGGUGCUUAGGCCAAGAGCUAAUGGGUCUCAGCCCUGUUGUUGCAUGGUCCAUGUAUUUGCCUCAGACAUCACUCAUGGGCAGUAACCCAGGUCAAUCUGUGCAGCUCCUUAUCUGGGCUGGUGCUCAGAGUCAGCCAUCAGUUGUGAGGCUGUGUGCUCCAGCGCUAUAAUCCCAGCCCUGGGCAUCGUUGCAGUGCAGCUGCGUAUCCAAGUCACUUCUAGUGCGCUUAAAUGCACCGACCAGCGUGGCACGGGUUUCCUGUGCUGCUUCUGUCUUCCCUUCUCUUCCCCACAAUCCUGCUGCUGCCCAAGGAGUGUGUGGAUCAGCUUCCCCUUCCCCAGACAUAGUCAGACACAUGUCCCUUCUCACUGGGCUGGCACAAGGACUGAUCCCAUCUUGUCCCAGCCAUAGCAAACUUGCCCAGGUUGUGCUCUGACUCCUGGGGAGAGACCCAGAGCAAUGGCCUGCAGGGAGACAACCCCUGCCCCGGCUAUGAUCGGGGCCCCAUUGUGCCAAGCACUGCGCUGAGACCUGGACAGAGGGUCCUCCGUGUCGCUUGCUGCUGUGCGCCGUGCAGGAGGCGCCUCACCCGCUUGGCCAGACUCCUUGUGCGCUUGUUUGAAAAAAUAGCCUCAUAAAAAACAUUAUUUAUUUUACCACAAAAUAACCCCC